AUGGGCCGUUCAACGGGUGAACGUCCAGCUUCAGGUCUAGCCAGGCCAGCAGCUAUGAAGCCAGACCCGUAUAGACACAGUCACACGAGAUCGAACCGCCACGCCAAAUCACAACCUCUUGAUCCCGAUGACUUGCGCCGUCGGCUGUACGUGGUCAUCGCGGAACAGGAGGCGCUACAAGAGAGGAAGCGGAGAGAAAGAUUGAAGGCAAGGUCAACGGAGGAAGACGAGUCCGGAAGCGAUUUAGGAUUGGGAGAAUUGGGUACGGCCUUAGGAGCAUCAGCAACUACGAAUCCGGGAGAUGAUGAAAGGAGCUUCGCAGCAAGGAUGAUGAGAGGAAAGCCCCCAACAGCGAGUUCACUUCUAGAGGGAAACGGUAUCAAAUCUUCGGAAGGAAAACCAGUACGAUCUACAUCACAGUCCAUUCAAGACAGGAUACGCCGCAGACCAUUAAGAGCGGAGCCCAUGUCGACAGAGAGUACAGUAAACGCCUCCUCGUAUCACCAUGUUCCCCAAGUAGCGGCUACGCAGUUUGCGACGACCACUACUGGUAAUGGCAUGCGCGAGUGUAAUUCUGUACACAGUUUAUCCCAGGCUGCCCUCAAAUUCCGAAUCGAUGGUACACCACCCGACCGAAUCGACCUCGACUCUGGCGUUUCCUCGGCGCAGACCAAUGCCCUGAGAAGGGUACACAGUCACAGAGAGAAUAGCUAUGAGAAUAGCCAGUUCCAGUACUCGCGCUUCAUGUCGAAUGACCGUGGCGGCUCGAAAGAGAACCGCCGCCAGCUCCGGCCUAGCAGCAGCAUCGUGCUUGGCAGAAGAAAGUCUGGGAGGAAAAGCAGUUUCGGCAACAUCUUAGAGGAUGAGGUGUCGAAUAUACAUCCAAUCGCGGCUAUGGAUCCGCCCAUCGAUGAGAUAGCGUCAGAGGAGACGUUAGUAGUCGACCCAGCGACGGUAAAUGAGCACCGGGUCGACUGGACGCAGAGCGACGAGGUCUACGAGAAACCGAAAUCCACGGCGAGAAUUCCCCUUCUGAGAAAAGCAGAUUCCCUAUGGACGCUGAAAGGCAGACUCGGGAGUCUGACUAAGAACGGGCAUGACCGGGAUGAGAAGACGUCGGCGGUACGUGAGAAGCAGGAAGCAGGAUCCCCUUCUGCUUCUUCACGCUCGUCGCCUAAGUUUCUGCGGUUUGGGUUCUUGACAAGGUUCAAGCGUUAA